AAUCUUCGAGUACUGCACCAGAGGUACCAGAACCCUCAGAAAUUGGAGUUGUUGAUGAAGAUCACGGUGCUUCGUCGGAUAUUUCUGAUAACUCUUUAGUCGAAUGUAAUACAGUAUUGGGAAAACAGCCUCCAUUUUGGGUUCCAGAUAGUGAUGCAUCUAGUUGUAUGUUGUGUGAUGUUAAAUUUACUGUACUUAAAAGACGUCAUCAUUGUCGUGCUUGUGGUAAAGUACUAUGUAACAAAUGUUGCAAUAUGAAAUACAGAUUAGAAUACCAGGGAAAUAUUGAUUCCCGCGUUUGUGUCUCGUGUUUUCAUCUACUCACAAAAGAUGUUUCGGUUUACUUCAAACCAUCUUCAGCAAUUUUUCAUUUCAAAUCAAUAUCACAUAUGUGCCGUUGGAAUCAUACGGCAGUACUGAAACCAUGCUCUAUGCGAGACCGAGGGUGA